AUGGUGGACAGCAUCCCCCCAUGGAUGGCAGAGGUCAACAGCGACGGCAGCAACCGCUGCUUCCCCUCUGUAAAGUACCUCUAUGCUGACCUGAUCUCCACUGGACAGAACCAGCCAGGCGACUCGCAGCUGCCCGCUGCGCAGGCAGGCAAGCUGAGGGCUUUUUUCGCAGGCCUCAAGGCAGUCAGUAAAGUGCAUCUGAUGGCCUCAUGUGUGAGCACUGUCAGCCAGUUCGCGGCGUGUCUGCCCCUCAAGAGUGACGAUGAGAGCGACGCUCAUCUCGGCGCUCUCACCAUCACUCUGGGUCACGAUGCUGCUCAUCUUCCCGCAGCCAGCCACGCACUUGUUGCUGGGCUGCGCUAUCCAUAUGUGCCUUUCGUAGAGGUGGAAAGCUUGCAUGAGGUCAGCAGGGCGUGUGUGAGGUCGCUGAUCGACCUGAUGCUGGCCAUGCGGCCCGUGAAUGCCGAGAUAGAGGUGAACGUGUCAAAGGAUGACCUGGGCAGUGAGGCGGGGGACGAGGGAGAGGAUGGGCCAGACUGGGAGGUGAUGCAGGCAGCCCUCAACACGUUCAGCCAGGAGUGUCAGGUGCAGGCCAGUGUGGCCACUGUGGGGUAUCGUGUGGAGGUGUCCGCGGGGAUAGACAACCCCGUUUGGGGGGCUAACGAGCCAGCCCUGGAUCAGUACCAACUGCAUCUCAAGUUGGAGCUCCCAAGGCAGGACGAGGCAGAAAGCGAGGAGGAGGAAGAGAUGGAGCUGGAGGAUUGGUGGGGACUGUGACGGUGGCUUCUUGUGUGUGGCGUGUCGAACAAAUCUGUGCCUGUGUGGUGUGUGCUGAUGCACUCAUCAACUGUCUCUCUCUCUCUCUCUGUGUGUGUCGUCGAUACGUGCGUGUCGAUAUGAUGGGGGGCGGUGUGCAAUAGAUAGAUAGAGUCUCUUUGCUUCAUAUGCAUGAUGGACUCGAGCGAACGAACCGAAUGAAUGAAUGAAUGAG